ACAUCGCAAUGUUUCUGGAACGACGCUAAACUAACCAAGGAAGCUAACAGGAACCGGGACGUGAUUCGGUCCAUGUUCCGCAAGCUGCUAUAAAGCAGCGCGAGCUCAGCCGGAGCGCAGACCGGAGAGGAUCGACCCGCAGAGGGAUGAGUCAUGGCGUCGGUUCGGGUGGCUGUGCGGGUCAGGCCCAUGAACAGACGGGAGAAAGACCUGACUGCAAAAUGCAUCAUCAGGAUGGAAGGAACCAAAACCUUCAUCACCAAUCUGAAGAUCCCAGAUAACGUCAUCGGAGACUCUACGAGGGAACGAAUCAAAACCUUCACGUAUGAUUUCUCCUACGACUCCAUGGACGCCGUGAGCUCCUCGUUCGUCUCUCAGGAGAAGAUUUUCAGAGAUCUGGGCUCUGAUGUUCUGAAGGCGGCGUUCGAGGGCUACAACGCCUGCGUCUUCGCCUACGGCCAGACGGGCUCGGGGAAAUCCUACACCAUGAUGGGACUUCCAGGAGACGCUGGUUUGAUUCCCAGGAUCUGUGAGGGUUUGUUCAGUCGGAUCUCUGAGGCCUCUCGAUGGGACGAAGCUUCAUUUCGAACAGAAGUCAGCUAUCUGGAGAUCUACAACGAGAGUGUGAGAGACCUGCUGAGGAGGAAGUCCUCCCACAACUACAACCUGAGGGUCAGGGAGCACCCCAAAGACGGGCCCUAUGUGGAAGAUCUGUCCAAACACCUGGUCCAGAACUACAGCGACGUGGAGGAGCUGAUGGAGGCGGGGAACAUCAACCGCACGACGGCCAGCACCGGCAUGAACGAUGUCAGCAGCCGCUCGCACGCCAUCUUCACCAUCAACUUCACUCAGGCUAAGUUUGACGCUGAGAUGCCGUGUGAAACCAUCAGCAAGAUCCAUCUGGUGGACCUGGCGGGCAGCGAGCGAGCCGACUCCACCGGAGCCACCGGGGUCCGGCUGAAGGAGGGGGGGAACAUCAACAAGUCGCUGGUCACGCUGGGAAACGUCAUCUCUGCUCUGGCCGACAUGACGCAGGACGGCGUGAACACCAACCUGAAGAAGAAGACGGUGUUUGUCCCCUACAGGGACUCUGUGUUGACGUGGCUGCUGAAGGACAGCCUGGGGGGCAACGCCAAGACCAUCAUGAUCGCCACCGUCUCCCCCGCCAACGUGAACUACGGCGAGACGCUGAGCACUCUGCGCUACGCCAACCGGGCCAAGAACAUCAUCAACAAACCCACAAUCAACGAGGAUUCCAACGUCAGGCUGAUCCGGGAGCUGCGGGCUGAAAUCGCCCGGCUCAAGACUCUGCUGGUUCAGGGGAACCAGAUCGCCCUGCUGGAUUCUCCCACGGCUCUGAGUAUGGAGGAGAAGCUGCACCAGAACGAAGCCCGGGUUCUGGAGCUGACCAAGGAGUGGACCAACAAAUGGAACGAGACUCAGAACAUCUUAAAGGAGGAGACGCUGGCUCUGAGGAAGGAGGGCAUCGGGGUCGUGCUGGACUCGGAGCUGCCGCACCUCAUCGGCAUCGACGACGACCUCCUCAGCACCGGCAUCAUCCUGUACCACCUGAAGGAGGGACGGACGUUUGUGGGACGAGAGGACGCGUCCACAGAGCAGGACAUCAUUCUGCACGGUCUGGACCUGGAGAGUGAACACUGUGUGUUUGAGAACCAGAGCGGGACAGUGACUCUGGUGCCGCUCGGCGGGGCUCAGUGUUCGGUGAACGGAGUCCAGGUGACGGUGCCGUCGCAGCUCAACCAAGGUGCUGUGAUCCUGCUGGGUCGGACCAACAUGUUCCGCUUCAACCAUCCGAAGGAAGCCGCCAAGCUGAGAGAGAAACGCAAGAGCGGCCUCCUGUCCACGUUCAGCCUGUCCAUGACAGAUCUGUCCAAAUCCUGUGAAAACCUGUCCACUGUGAUGCUCUACAACCCGGGUCUCUUCACUGAGAAAGGCGCCGUCUUCCUCAGGUUGGAGUUUGAGAGGCAGCAGAGAGAAGAGCUGGAGAAACUGGAGAUGAAAAGGAGGUUGAUCAAAGAGAUGGAGGCCAAGCAGCAGAGCGAGAAGGCGGAGCUUCAGCGCCUCCAGCAGGAGGUGGAGAGUCAGCGCAAGGAGUCUGAGGAGGUCCAGCAGCGAAUCCUACGUCAGGAGGAGAGCCUCCGCCACCGCAGCCAAGACAUUGACGGCCGCCUGCGGGACUUCCUGGCUGAGAAGGAGCGCUUUGAGGAGGAGAGGCGCACUGAGGUUCAAGGGGUGAGGAGGUGCUGGACACAUCGUCAGGAUGGUGAUGAGGAGGAGGUUAAGCGGCGGCAGCAGGAGGCCGCAGAGCAGGCUGACAUUUACCGCGAGCUGGAAAAACUGAAGAAGGAGCGCACAGAGCAGAGGGUCCGCCUAGAGGCGGAGCGGCGGCGGCUGGAGGAGCAGGAGCAGGAGCAGCUAAGUCUGGUGGGGAGGCUGGAGGAGCAGCUGAGGGAGAAACACGAGGAAGCCACAGCCCUGCUGACACGGCAAGAGACCCGCCGCCUGGAAGAGGAGCGGCAAGCUCUGGCAGAGAUCAGGGAGGAGCUCCUUUGUGCCAAAGAGGCUGCGGAGCGUACAGAUGUGGAGGAGGCCAGCAGGGAGGCCAAAUCUGCCCAGAACCGGUACAUGAACUUCAAGGAGGUUCAGGUGAAGGAGCUGGACCAGUUGGAGGAGGAGCUCCGACAGCAAAAGAAGCGCCUGGAGGAGGAGGUGGCUGGUGAGAGGAGCGCGCUGCUUCUCCUCGCUCACAGCCUGAAGGAGAAGCAGCUGAAGGAGGUGAUGGACUCCUCAGCCAUCUACCAUGAAGAGCAGAUGGUCAACCAGGCAGAGCGCCGCCUGCAGUUUAAGGAGCGACAGCUCACCGACAUGGCCGACGGCCUCCUCCCAGCGCUGGCCGAGGAGAAGCAGAGAGCCAUGGAGGUGCUGGAGCUCAGCGGGGAGUGCAACGGUCCUCCUGUACUGGACAACACGCUGUUCCAGGUGGAGAAGGAGCUAGAGGAGAAGGAGGAGAAGCUGCACCUCCACUGGCACAGCGCCCAGCAGCUGCAGCAGCUGCAGGACUCCUACGAGUUCACGGCCAAUGUGGCGAGGCAGGAGGACAAGGUCCGCAGGAAGGAGAAGGAGAUCCUGGAGUCCAAGGAGAAGCAGCAGACGGAGGCCAUGGAGCAGGCGGUGGCCCGGCUGGAGAGGAGGCACUCAGCUUUGAGGCGCAGCGUCUCCCUGGAGCCGGACUCCGAGGACCACAGACACAAGAGUUCAAUGAGCAGAACCUCCAGACCAGGAGCCGAUGUGGACCAGCAGAGAGUCGAGCAGGAGAUCCAGAAGCUGCGGCAGAGGAUCAGCGAUGGGGGCGACAACAACCGGACCAUCUCAGUCGGUACCGAUGAGAAGACCGGUCAGAGCAGCUCCCCUGUCAGCCACGCUCAGAGUCUAAACAGUCUGCUGCCCAUGUCAGAUGACCGGAUCAAUGCCUACAUCGAAGAAGAGGUCCAGAGACGGCUGCAGAAGAUGAACCUGCUGAACUGCAGCAGCAACAUGAACCUGUCCCGGUCCUCAGAGUCCCUCAGAGAGGAGGAGGAGAUUAGCGACUGUAGCUCUGUUAGGUUAACAGAUGAGGAGGAUGAAAAGCUGCAGAACAUUAAUCCAAGAAGACUUAAAUAUGAGCACUUGGUGUCCCGACCCAUCGGGUCGAGCCACAGCAGCGCGCAGGAGCCCGUUAAAGUUAGCGUUCCUCGUUACGUUCUUCGGGGACAAGGCAAGGACGAGCACUUUGAGUUUGAGGUGAAGGUCACCGUGAUGGACGAGACAUGGACGGUAUUCAGACGCUACAGCCGCUUCAGAGAAAUGCACAAGAGCUUGAAGUCCAAAUAUCCUGAGCUGGCGGCUCUUGAGUUCCCACCAAAGAAACUGUUUGGAAACAGAGACGAGCGAAUGGUGUCGGAGCGCCGGAGUCACCUGGAGGCGUACCUCAGGAACGUGUUCCGGGUCAUGCUGUCCUCCUCCCGCUCUCCUCUCCGGGCCGAUGAAGACGGCCUCUUCCAUCUGACCAAACUGGACGUCUGCGAGUUCUCGCCGUUCUUCAAGAAGGGCGUUUUCGAGUCCAGCAGCCACGGUACCGGCUGACCCGCCUCGGGUCCAAAAUGGAACAAA